UGGUGCUGGUGCUGGUGCUGGGCUCUGUGUUGCGAGUGCGGGCGCUGGAGCCGGAGAGCGGAUCCUGGCGUGCGCGCUAGCCGGACCCGCGGGAGGUGUCCAGGCGGCGACAGGUUUCUUAGAGCGGGUGCGCGAUGCAGCGAGCGGCAGCAUUGGUCCGGCGGGGCUGCUGCCCCCGGACCCCUGGUCCCUGGGGCCGUUGUCAGAGCAGCGCGGCCGCCGAGGCCCCGGCCGUGCUGAAAGUGAGGCCCGAGCGGAGCCGGCGCGAGCGCAUCCUGACGCUCGAGUCCAUGAACCCGCAGGUGAAGGCGGUGGAGUAUGCUGUGCGGGGACCCAUCGUGCUCAAGGCCGGCGAGAUCGAGCUGGAACUGCAGCGGGGUAUCAAAAAACCGUUCACCGAGGUCAUCCGUGCCAACAUUGGGGACGCCCAGGCCAUGGGCCAGCAGCCUAUCACCUUCCUCCGACAGGUGAUGGCGCUGUGCACCUACCCAAACCUGCUGCACAGCCCCAGCUUCCCGGAAGACGCUAAGAAGCGAGCCCGGCGGAUCCUCCAGGCCUGUGGCGGCAACAGCCUGGGGUCUUACAGUGCCAGCCAGGGCGUGAACUGCAUCCGCGAGGACGUGGCGGCCUACAUCUCCCGGAGAGACGGCGGCGUCCCCGCAGACCCCGACAACAUCUACCUGACCACGGGAGCCAGCGACGGCAUCACUACGAUCCUGAAGAUCCUGGUUUCCGGGGGUGGCAAGUCCCGGACGGGAGUGAUGAUCCCCAUCCCGCAGUACCCCCUCUACUCGGCGGUCAUCUCGGAGCUGGGCGCCGUGCAGGUGAACUACUACCUGGACGAGGACAACUGCUGGGCCCUGAACGUCGACGAGCUCCGGCGGGCCUUGCGGGAGGCCAAAAACCACUGUGACCCCAAAGUGCUGUGUAUCAUCAACCCUGGGAACCCCACAGGCCAGGUGCAGAGCAGAAAGUGCAUAGAGGACGUGAUCCACUUCGCAUGGGAGGAGAAGCUCUUUCUCCUGGCUGACGAGGUGUACCAGGACAACGUCCACUCACCGGACUGCAGCUUCCACUCCUUCAAGAAGGUGCUCUCCGAGAUGGGGCCCGAGUACUCCGGCAACGUGGAGCUCGCCUCCUUCCACUCCACCUCCAAGGGCUACAUGGGCGAGUGUGGCUACAGGGGAGGCUACAUGGAGGUGAUUAACCUGCACCCUGAGAUCAAAGGCCAGCUGGUGAAGCUGCUCUCCGUGCGUCUGUGCCCACCCGUGUCCGGGCAGGCCGCCAUGGACAUCGUUGUGAACCCCCCGGUGCCUGGGGAGGAGUCCUUCGAGCAGUUCAUCAGGGAGAAGGAGUCUGUCCUGAGCAACCUGGCCAGAAAGGCUAAGCUGACAGAAUCCCUGUUUAACCAAGUCCCCGGGAUCCAGUGCAACCCGCUGCAGGGCGCCAUGUACGCCUUCCCACGGAUCUUCAUCCCCCCCAAAGCUGUGGAGGCAGCUCAGGCCCGUGACAUGGCCCCUGACAUGUUCUACUGCAUGAAGCUCCUGGAGGAGACAGGCAUCUGUGUCGUGCCUGGCAGCGGCUUCGGGCAGCAGGAAGGCACCUACCACUUCAGAAUGACGAUCCUGCCGCCCAUGGAGAAGCUGAAGAUGGUCCUGCAGAAGGUGAGGGACUUCCACGUGCAGUUCCUGGAGACGUACGCGUGAGGGCGCUCGGCCUUCCUGACGCCGCACGCUCCACUCGCCUCCCCCGGUGACGUCGCUGCCGCAGGCCUCCCGAGGGCCUCCAUCAUAACGCGUCCCCAGGAGACCUUUUCUUGUGCCUUGCUGUUGGGAGCAGUUCUCUUCCAAGCCAAUGUGAAUUGCGGAUAUCUCAGAAGCCCGGUUCUUUUUUCUUUUUCUUUUUUUUUGAUGCAACCAAAGCGGAGGGAACUUGGUCGGCCUGUGUUCUCUGCCUCUGGUGGUGCUGCUUUUGGAAGGUGUGCGUGGGGUUUGCAACCCCAGGCUGUGGUGGGUGAGACACUGCAGAGCUGGAGGAACACCAUAUUGGGAAGCGCGUGGCUUAGCUCUGGAGGGGACUGGAGCCCCCACGUCCCCGCUGGGACCCGGGAAGUGAGCCCCUCCGCGGCACAGGGUCCCAGCUCUCAUAGCAGGUGGGCCUGGAGAGGGCCUCUCCGUCCACCCAGGGGCAGCACCCACAUUUCAGUCCAGAACGGUGAGGGCAGCAGCACUCGGGGUGCAGGAGACGCUGAGCUGGGCAGCAGUGGGCACUGGGGGCCACGGCCAGUGUUUUUCUUGUGUUCUGCAGGGGACUGGUGGGUGUGAGCCAGGCUCUGAAUUGAACCAGGUAGCGAGGGCCCCGAACAGACACCAGAGCUUUCGAGGUGCAGGGUCCUCGGGCAUGCUUAGACUGAGGCGGUGGGUAUGGCCCAGCAGCAGCAGAGGGGUUCUGCCCUGGGGAUCCGCCCUGCUUUUACCCAGCACUGGUUCUCCCCCAGAGCUAGAGGGCUCCUUUGCACAUACCGCCCUCUGCUGGCGACAGCAGGAACGAACGAUGAACACUGACAGGGUCCUCAUGAUGGAGGGGCGUCCUCAAGAGCUUGACAGUCACCCCCUGUCCCCAUCGUGUCUGUUGAGUUAUUUCAAACCACAUUUGGUCCACCUCCUAGCCAUUAAUUGGCCAAAGUGCCUGGUAGCUUGGCCGCCGUGGAGAGGACCUGCGGCCAAUUUGAAGUGCACAGGAGUGUUUUCUCCACACCUGCUGCUGGGCCCUCCCACACUACAGACAGGUCCUGGAGCACCUGUCACCUCUCCAGGCCACGGGGUGUCCUCCCCCAAGCUUGCAGCUGCCCUGGCUGAGCAAACCUGGCUCGGGUUCCACUCACACUCCCAGAAAGUGGGUGCCGCCUCCCCCACCAGCCUGGGGGACCCAAGGCCGGCUCAGGAGUCCGGGGACCCAGCAAGUAACUGUCACCCCACGCUGGCAUCACAGUCCCCGUGAACAAGGCAGCCACCCUCCCAAGUGACAAAGGGAAUAAAGAUGUGGGAACUUGCCCUUCCUUAAAAGAAUAUCGAGACAUCGCAGUGGGCUCGUGCACGGUACGAAAGCCAGCGCCCACAGCUGUCUGGUGGAGGAGGUAGAGGAGAGGCUCGUCUAUUUUUUAUACCUUUUGUAACAAUCGAUUUUCUCACAGGGGUGGGGCGGGUGAGUAUUUGUAGUCUUAACAAGUACAGUAGAUUUUUAAAAAAAUAAAUCUCUUGAGAUUAUAAAUAACCUCUAAAAACUUUGCAACGUUUACAUGAUUUUUAAAAAGACGCCGUGGACACUGGGUUUGCUUUUCAACAAACAAUAAAAGCCUGAUAAGGGCCGCUGGCGUAGGGGCGCUGAUUGUGACAGAUUUCACGUUUUACGGAUUCUGUUCUGGGGUCUGGUUGGGGCACCAGCAGAGUUGAGUCAUUUGUCAUUUGGGGUUGCCUUGUAAGGCUACGGACAAAAGCCACCCGGGGAGGGGGGAUGCUGGGCUGCCCAUGGUGGUCUGUACCUGCGUACCUGGAGGCUGGUCCAGCUGGCCCGGUGUGUGGAUUCGCAGGAAGAGCCGGCGGGCCCAACUGGCCCCGUUUUGCAAUUUGGAUUCUCAAGGGUGUCUCCUGAGCAAGGUACUUGAUAAUUGCUCUGCUGGAAUUUUUGAAAUAAAAUACAUGUCAAAAA